AAAGGCGUUAUGACACACGGGAAGUGUGCUUUGAGAAUAGAGGAACAAUGUCUACUUCGGUCAGCCCGAGUCUCAUGAAAUCAGCAGAUCUGAUCAAGAAAGAGCCUCUGGAUUAUGGAGGAUUUGGAGAAGUUUACUUGUGUUACCAUAAAACUCUUGGACAUGUGGUGCUAAAGACCGUCUACACCGGACCACCCCGCAGUGGCCGACAGAAGCAGUCUCUCCUGGAAGAGGGCAGUCUGAUGAGCAGAUUGAACCAUCAGCGUGUGGUCAAACUACUGGGUGUUAUUCUGGAGGAUGGAGAUUAUUCAUUGGUCAUGGAGCUCAUUCCUAAAGGAAACCUGCUCACCAUGCUGGAGACGGUGACGGUUCCAAUAUCUGUGAAAGGGAGGAUCAUUCUGGAAAUCUUGGAGGGAAUGGUUUAUCUGACGAAGAACCAAGUCAUUCACAAAGAUCUGAAGCCUGAAAACAUCCUGGUGGACAAAAACUUCCAUAUAAAAAUAGCAGAUCUGGGUCUGGCCACAUCUGAGGUGUGGAGUAAACUGACGAAAGAGGAGUCCCGUCGACAGAGUCGUCUGGGGAAGAAGACGAGUGCUCACGCGGCCGGGACGCUGUGCUACAUGGCCCCCGAGCACCUGAAGAGCAUUCACACACGCUCCAGUGAGAAAUCUGACGUCUACAGCUUCGCCAUCGUACUGUGGGUCAUCCUGACUGGACGAGAGCCGUAUGAGAAUGCAAGAAGUGAGGAUCAGAUCUGCCACUGUGUGUGUCAGGGUGAACGGCCUGAUGAAGCGCUGAUUCCCCCGAACACACCGACGGACAUCACUGACCUGAUGAAGAGCUGCUGGCACCAGGACCCUCUGCAGCGGCCCUCCUUCACAGAUUGCUAUAAUCGGUUUUUACCUUUCUACAAGGAGAAGCUGGCAGCAAAUGUCAAAGCAGAUCUGGAAAAUCUGAUGAAAUUAUAUGAGGGGCCGGAAGAGCUUGUAGAAAAGCUGAAAUUGCUCAACACAAAUGCACUCAUUCCUGAAGACCCUUCGCUGUGCUCCAGAGACUCUCCGACGCCACUGAGGAGCUCAGAUAUAGGCCCGGUGGAGGCCAGCAUUGAAGACCUGAGCUUCAGGUCCUGUGAAGACUCUGUGCUGGAGGCCGACGCAACUCCCAGCUGUCCCAAUCUGGAGCUCAAACUGGAGCAGGAGUACAACUACCACAAAUUCGGCAGUCGAAUCGUGGACCAGUCAGACGGGAGUAUGUGGAGUCCAGCACAGCAGCCGGCCAGCAGCACAGAUGCUUCUUCGCAGAUGUCUUCAGUGAAGUCCUGGACCAAACCAUCAGCUCCAAGCACUGAGGAGGAGCUGUAUCCCAGAGCGGCUGCGUCGUUUGAUAGUUUACACAGGCCCGAAUUGAGGAGUCAGUUUUCAGUGCCACAAUCUGAUCAUGAGAGACUUCGGCCGCAUGCUCAUUUGCCAUGGAAUCGGGUCAAGUCCUGUCCGGAGGGAGCAAAUCAUGUGGCAGAGUCUCUUAUAGAUACAAACUCCAACCUUCGCUUUAACUCACCUGUCACAUAUCCUGCAUCAGACUCAGCUUUUCCUGUGAGCAUCUCGAAUGCCAGUGCGAUUCAGAUCGGGAGUUACAACACAAUGAAUCUGCGAAUAUCUGACAGCAGCCCCUACAGCUCAUUCUCUACUACAGGAUCCACCACCAGCAGAUACAAAGAGCUUCUACUGAUGUACGAGAGCCACACGGUCACCGAGAGUCACCUGGAGCUGGUGCGGCAGAACGUGGGUGCAAACUGGAAGCAAGUGGCUCGUAAACUGGGUCUGAGCGAAAUCGAUGUGGAGACCAUCGAGCACGACUACGACCGCGACGGUUUGACGGAGAAAGUUCACCAGAUGCUGGAGCGCUGGAAGAUGCGGGAGGGUCUGAUGGGCAUCACCGUGGGUAAACUGUGCCAAGCGCUCGAGGGCUGCAUCAAACCCAACGCCCUCCUGCACAUGCUGCGCCAGCUGCAAGAUUCCGCCGCCGCCCCGUAAAAAAUAUACACACCCGACGACUGUUGUGUCUUUAUCAGGUUUGAGAAUUUUAACCCUCCUGUUGUCUCGAAUUGUGUAUACAGCGUUCAUCAUGAGGGUCAGAA